AUGAGUGGAAUACAAAAUGAACAACUUGCGGUGUCUGUUGAAUUGUGGAACCUAUUUCGGAAGCCCCAAUAUUUAGCCGACGAAACGAAAGAAGCGCUAUCUACGUAUAAUGAGGAAGAACUAAAACGUUUGUUUUUGAGGAGACUAAAUUUCGGCACAGCUGGUCUAAGGGGGAAAAUGGGGGUCGGGUUUAAUGCAAUGAAUGUUGUCACAAUUAUGCAAACGACGCAGGGAUUGUGUACCUAUUUAAUUAAUACGUACGGAAUCAAUUUGUGUAAAAACAGGGGCAUCAUAUUUGGCUUCGACGGAAGAUAUCACUCAGAGUCUUUUAAAAAGAGCUGUUUAUGUGGGGUGAUGGUUACAGCUUCUCACAAUCCCAAGUUGGACAAUGGUUAUAAAGUGUAUGCGGCAAAUGGGGCCCAAAUAAUUCCACCUGUGGAUGUUAACAUCUCCGAUUGUAUAUUAAGCAAUUUAAAACCAUGGAGUGAUGUGUAUGAUUAUUUAGAUGAAAAUUUUUACUUGAAGGACACCUCCCUAGUGGAGGACAUUUACUACGAAAUGUACGACUCGUUUAUGUCUGACAUGAAAAGCGAAUUUAAUUUUAACUGCCAUAGGAAUUCACGUACAAAACUGGUUAUAGUAUACUCCCCCAUGCAUGGAAUUGGGAGAAAAUUUGUCCAAGGUAUUAUGCACAUAGUCGGGUAUAACAAUUUACUGACGGUGCCUCAACAAGCUUUACCUGAUGCUGAUUUUUCUACAGUUACUUUUCCAAACCCUGAAGAAAAGGGAGCACUAAAUUUGUCCAUGGAACUAGCCGAUGUGGUGAAUAGCCCCAUAGUAGUUGCAAACGACCCCGAUGCAGACAGAUUUGCUUGUGCAGAAAAAUUUAACAACAAAUGGAAGAUAUUUUCUGGGGACGAGUUGGGAAUAAUAUUUGCCUAUCAUUUGAUGAAACAAAAUGAGAAAAAAAAUAUCGACAAAUCGAAACAUGUUUUUAUCUGUACAGUGGUAUGCUCAAGGAUGCUAAAAAAGUUAUGUGAAAUGUAUGGGUACAAGUAUGAUGAAACGUUAACUGGUUUUAAGUGGCUGAUAAAUAAAGCCAUAGAUCUGAGUGAGAAAAAUUAUACCACCUUGUACUGCUAUGAGGAAGCCCUAGGACAUGCUUUAACCAAGUACGUACGGGACAAAUGUGGCAUAUCUGCUCUAGCGUACUGGAUUGAAAUAGCCGUUUAUUUAUAUGAAAAUGGAUUAACCUUUCAUGAGUACUUAGAAAACAUUCGAAAAGAAAUUGGCUACUUUGUAAGUAAUAAUGGUUACUACACUGUUUUGGAUCCGAACGAUGUCGUUAGCAUAUUUAAUGAUUUCAGAGGUAACGGUUCCUACAAAAGUGAAUUGGGAUCCUAUAAAGUGGUUCACAUACGAGACUUAACCACUGGAUAUGAUUCCACCACCCCGGAUAGGAAGUCCCUAAUUGCGCCUACGCCCGAUUCGCAAAGCAUUACUCUGCAUUUUGAAAACACCGCCAUACUUACCAUACGGGCUAGUGGAACGGAACCCAAGGUGAAAUGGUACAGUGAGAUUUCCAGGGGCAGCUAUCAAGCCGCGAAGGAAGAGAUUGAUAAACUGGUGGACGAAGUCAUGCCGCUGUUUAUGCAACCGGGGCGGUAUAACAUCAAGCGCUGCUAG